AUGGAAGAUUUACACCCCCUCGCGUUAUUAAUGGACGAAUUGAAACAUGACGAUGUUUCCAAUAGGGUUGAAGCAAUGCAGAAACUAGACACAAUUGCCAUUGCAUUGGGACCCGAGAGAACACGUAAGGAAUUGUUGCCGUUUUUGCAUGACGUUGCUCAGGAUGAUGAAGAAGAAGUGUUCACGGUAUUGGGCGCUAAAUUGGGUGAAUUUAUACCAUUAAUUGGUGGCCACGAAUACUGUGAACCAUUGAUCAAUAUAUUGACUAUAUUGGCGUCGAUGGAAGAGCCUUUGGUUAGAGAUAAAGCCAUUGAAUCGUUAAACACAAUUAGUAAGGAAUUGAAUCAAGAUGAAAUAAACAAUAUCUUUCUUGGAUUAAUCACUAGUUUGAGUCAAGGCAACUGGUUUCUGAAAAAGAUUGCCUCUUGUGGGUUAUACAAGGCGGUGAUUAUUCGAGUUGAUGCCAACACUCGUAAGGAAUUGUUGAAGAAUUAUUUGAAAUUGGUUACUGAUGAUUAUCCCAUGGUUAGAAGGGCAGCUGCGACAAACUUGCCCCAUUUGAUUGAUUUAUUGACUAAAUUCACUGAAGAAUCUCCCAAUGAUGUCAACAAGGUCAAUAAUGAAGAUUGGGAAAUCAUUUCCAAAAUGUUUCAACAUUUGAUUAAUGAUGACCAAGAUUCGGUAAAAUUUCUCAGUGUUGAUGUUUUGAUUUCAAUAUUGGAAUUUUUCCAAAAGAUUCACGAGUAUAGUUUCAAUUCCGAUUUCUUGUCGAGUGCAUUGAAAUUGAUCAAAGAUGAUAGUUGGAGAGUUCGGUAUACUGCUGCUGAUAGAUUUAGUAAAAUUGCCGUUAAUUUCACUCAUAAUGAGCUGGAUUUAUUCCAGUUGAUUGAUCCAUUUGUGUCAUUAAUGAAGGAUCAUGAAGGUGAGGUGAGAAAAGCCAUUGCUAAACAAUUGCCAGCAUUUUGCAAAUUACUUACUGAAUAUCCACCAACAAAGGCAACCAUUUUGAAUAAAAUCAUCCCUGUGGUUCAUGAAUUGAGUCAAGACCCACAAGAAAAUGUCCGUGCAUCAUUGGCAUCAACCAUUACUGAAUUAUCGCCAAUUUUAGAAAGACAAGCAACGAUUGAUAAAUUAUUGCCAAUAUUCUUGACGAUGUUGAAGGACGAGUUCCCUGAUGUUCGAUUAAACAUUAUCUCCAACUUGUCGGUGGUUAAUGAAACCAUUGGCAUCAAUUUAUUAUCGACCAAUUUACUUCCGGCAAUCACGGAAUUGGCGCAAGAUCACAAAUGGAGAGUCAGAUUGGCGAUUAUUGAAUACAUUCCUAAAUUGGCUGACCAAUUGGGCGAAUCCUUUUUCAAUGACGAAUUAUUAUCAUUAUGUAUGUCGUGGUUAUGGGACCCGGUAUUUGCCAUUAGAGAAGCUGCUGUGGAAAACUUGAAACACUUGACGAUAAUAUUUGGAUCACAAUGGGCCACGCAAGAAAUCCUUGCUAGGUUAUUAAACCAAGAUGAUAAAAUCGAUGAAGAUGAUAAGAUUGAUUAUUCAAAUUUCAUUAUAAGAAUCACUUGCUUGUUUGCCAUAACUUCAUUAAUACCAGUCAUUGACUAUAAAGUCUUGGUUGAAAAGGUUUUACCAUUUAUCAAUGGGUUAAUCACUGACUCCGUCCCAAACAUUAGAUUCAAUGUUGCUAAAUCUUAUUUGACGUUGGUUGAAUCAUUAGCUCAACACAAGAAUCAAGCGCCUAGCGAAGACGAUUUGAAAAAAUUGAUCAACUUGCAAGUGUUGUCAAACUUGGAGAAGUUGGAAAGUGAUGAUGAUGUAGAUGUGCGCUUUUAUUCAACGCAAAGCAUCAAGGGCAUUAAUGAGAUACUAGCAACAUAA